AUGGAGAAACCACAGAGGCUGCAGCUGCUGGUGCUGAUGCUGCUCGGGGUGGGCACAAUCUCCAGCAGCAGUUCUGGGCUAAGGGAAAGGGCUCAUGCCCUCAUGAGAGCCCACCCACUCAUUGAUGGCCAUAAUGACUUAGCAGCAAUCCUGAGAUUGUUUCAACAGAACAAACUCCAAGGCUUCAACUUGAGAACCUUCAACAAAAGCCAAACCAACAUCCAGAAGCUUCAAGCAGGGAUGGUGGGAGCCCAGAUAAGGAAACUAAGGUUGGAUGACAUUGGAGAAGAUCUAAAAGGGUCUGAACUCAAGGAGAGCCGGAAGCUGGCCUGCCUGAUUGGGGUGGAAGGUGGUCACUCCAUGGAUGGAAGCCUGGCCAUCUUGCGAGUAUUCUAUGACCUUGGAGUCCGCUAUAUGACUCUCACGCAUUUCUGUAACACACCCUGGGCAGAGAGCUCAACCAAAGGCCUGCAUGACUUUUAUCCACAAAUUAAGGGGCUGAGUAGCUUUGGUGAGAAAGUGAUAAAGGAAAUGAACCGUCUGGGCAUGAUGGUGGACCUUUCCCAUACGGCAGAUGCCACGGCCAGCCAGGCAAUGAUCGUGUCACAGGCUCCAGUGAUCUUCUCUCACUCUUCUGCCUUCUCAGUAUGCAACAACUCUAGAAAUGUGCCAGACAACCUCCUGAAGCAGUUGAAAAGGAAUGGUGGCAUCGUGAUGGUGACCUUCCCUGUAGGUGUGCUUCAGUGUGACCUGCAGGCUAACAUCUCCACUGUUGCAGAUCACUUUGACUAUAUAAAGAAGGUUAUAGGAGCUGAGUCCAUGGGAAUUGGAGGAGACUAUGAUGGCGUGGACAAGUUCCCACGAGGUCUGGAAGAUGUCUCCAAAUAUCCUGUUUUGAUUGAGGAGCUGCUGAGGAGGGGCUGGACUGAGAAGGAGCUGCAGGGUUUGCUUCGGGACAACCUCUUGAGAGUCUUUCAGAAAGUAGAACAGGUUCGACAAGAGAGCAAGACCCUGACUCCCAUAGAAGACAUGCUUCCUGAGAUGACUAUAGAUAAUCCAUGCCGUUCGACUUCCCUGCAAUUUCCAUUACAGAAGCCAGUCUGGAGUGGGCAACCCUCCUUGCACCCAGCUCUGGAUCUCAUCACCCUUGCCCUUGUCCUAAUGUCCUCAGUGAGGCAUCUCUUCUCCUGA